AUGGCAAAUAGAUUAAGCUCUUCUCUGCGUCUUGCACUUCUUGUUAUAUUCUUUACGUCAUUUUCAGCUAGUGCAGCGCAAUACAAUGUUCUAAGUUAUGGGGCAAAGCCAGAUGGGAGAACUGACUCAACCAAGGCCUUUCUUGCUGCUUGGACACUAGCAUGUGGCUCUAUUAGCCAAUCUACCAUUUAUGUCGCAGCUGGCAGGUUUUUGCUUCAAAAUGUAGAAUUUAAGGGUCCAUGCAAGAACAAUGCGAUUGUUGUACGUAUAGAUGGCACACUUCUAGCUUCGACCGAUUAUCGAGUUAUCGGUAACGCUGGAAACUGGAUUUUCUUUCAGAAUGUUGAUGGUGUUACAGUUUCUGGUGGGGUACUGGAUGGCCAUGGCUCUGGUUUGUGGAAUUGCAAGCAAUCUGGCAAGAAUUGCCCAAGUGGUGCCACGGUUUGUCCAUGGUCAAUAUUUUGA